AUGGCUACCAUCGCCCAGAGCCCGAUCUCUCAGACCACGACGGUAACAAAUGGCGAGACGCAGGACCAGGCCCCGCCAGCGCCUACGGGCAAGAAGGCAAAACCAAAGAAGGAUAAGCAGUUAAGUGCGGAAGAGAAUGCGAAAUUGAUCCAGGCACGGUUAUCACAGCUUGAGCAAGAAAAAGCCGGAGAGAAGAGCCAACAAGCAGAAGUUGACCGAGAAGUCAAGAAGGCCCAACGAGAUCUCAAUGAGUUGAUCAAUAGUGUGGAGGGGCAUUCGGGACAGCUCGAGCUUGCAAAAAGAAAGUAUGAGGAGCUUUUGCGAGACAUGGAGAAGGUGAACCGGGAAUACCAGCGAACCAAAAAGCGAGCAGAUCAACUUCAAAAAGACCAAGAGAAGUCAAAGUCUGAGCACAGCAAAACCGCGACCAUGAAGGACAAACUGGAAAAGCUUUGUCGAGAAUUGACAAAGGAAAACAAGAAGCUCAAGGACGAGAACAAGAAACUCGAAGAGACAGACAAACGCGCUCGCGAAAAUAUCAACGAAAGACUCGAUCAGAUGCUGUACGACGUCCAAGAAGUGAUGAAUUCUAAGACGAGCACACAUCAUGAAAACCUCCAUCUUGAGUUGGACGAAUUAUUCAAGACCCGUUGCAAAGUACUGGCAGAUCAAGCAGAAAUCCGAGAGAUGCAUUUCAAAGCAAUACUGCGAUAUAAGGACGCCGAAAUUGCCCACCUACAAGCGAAACACGAGGUCGAACGUCGAAGAGCCGAUGCAGAAGCUGGACGUUGCAGAACGCUCACAAACCAGGUGUCUACAUUCUCUCAUACAGAAGCAGAGUUACGCAGUCAGCUCAAUAUCUAUGUCGAGAAAUUCAAACAGGUGGAAGACACACUCAACAACAGUAAUGAGUUGUUCAUGACAUUCAGAAGGGAGAUGGAAGAAAUGUCCAAGAAGACGAAGCGCCUCGAAAAAGAGAACGCCACGUUGACUAGGAAACAUGACCAGACGAACCGCAAUAUCCUUGAGAUGGCCGAGGAGCGUACUCGAGACAAAGAGGAUCUAGAGCGGCUUAGAAAGCAGGAGACUCAGAUGCGGAACAUCAUCAAGAGCAUGCAAGAACAAGGUCGCGGUCCGCCCGUACAGCCAGAGCUCGUCGAGUCCAGUGAUUACGACGAGGAAGACGAAGAGGGAUACGGUGACGAAGACGAAGAGGACGACGAUAUCAGCUAUGAAGACGAAGAAGAGUCUGCCGUUGAAAUCAGCAAACCUGUAUUUGGCCCAGUGCCUCCGCCAGAGAUGGUAGCGAACAAGGCCAACGGUCAGAAAGCUGCCGCUCUGGUCAACGGCGCCCAACAUUAG